AUGGCAGAUGAAAAACCAGCAGAGCUCUUCAAACGUGGGCUUAACGAGGUGGAUGACUCUAGCUCUUCUCGCUCCCCAACCCGCCGACGUCUAGCCUCUAAAUCCGCAGAGCCCGCCGAAUCCCUUGUGCCUUAUCCCAUUCCAGAUGACAAUAGUAUAUCCAGUGAUGGACAGUUGCCCCCUUUGCCGCCUGGCGAUGCAAGUGAUGACAAUAGUCCCCCGGUGUCGGACGAACAAGUCGCCGAGUAUUACCGAAAGGGAGCUGCAUACGAAGCAUGGAUUGCUGACCCAACUCGAGACGAAUGUCCCUGUGAACUAUCAGAACAUACAUUGUUCGGAUUACUCAAUCACAGUGAUAAGAAAAAGAGAUUUCAUUGUUCGGAGAACCAGUUUGAUGACCCACCUCUACCCAUCCAGGAGGAUUUGGAAAAAUUAGGGUUCCGAGCAAAAGGUAAAAGGUGCCGUUUUGCAAGACUCACACUCAGCGGUUAUGACAAGGAUGGCUACAAAAAGGAGACUGAGUAUCAACAUUCUUUCGCAGAGGGCCUUAUAAUUGGUGAGUGUAUUUACCGAUACGCCGGGCCGAAUUGGUCGCAUAUCGCUCUCGCUCAAUAUAAGUUUGACUACCCCAUCGAUACCCUCAAAUAUCUUUAUUUUACUAAUGUUCAAAAUGAGGAGACCCUUCCCUACGUGCAGGAAAUUCUAUACCCCAGGCAUGGCAUUGAUUGGCCUAGAGUUGAUCGAAUUCAGAGUCAGGUAUGGGAGCACGGCACUGAGGGCUAUCGAGAGAUUCUAGGUACCAAGCUAGGGAAUGCAGCGGCAUGUCUUGUUGUUGGGGCUUGGGAGAGAGGUACGCAUCGCAUCGCUAGAGUUCACACUCUCGGUCGUCUGUACCAUAUACACCUACGAUUUGAUAUUGAGCCGGUCCCUGCACCUGGAACUGCUUAA